GCAAACUGUAAAAGUCGUCUCUCUUUUUUUUAUUUAUCAACAAUAAGGAUAAUAAAAUGCUUGAAAGCCAAUCAAAACAUUCGACGGAAUAUUCCGGAGAAUCACUUUGUUUUGAUAAAAAUGAAUUUUUAAAGGCGAACUUUUCGGUUGAUGAGUUUUUACAUAAAAAUCGUAAUGUAUCCAGUUUGGAAUUAUUGCGUGACAAUUUGGGUUUAUAUUUGAAGAGAUUACGAGCUUCAAUGAUCGAUUUAAUCAAUGAAGAUUAUGCUGACUUCGUAAGCCUCUCUGCUAACUUGGUUGGUCUUGAUCAAUCUAUCGCUGGAAUAAAAACACCGUUAGAUCAAUUUCGCAAUGAAAUUUUGAGCAUACACACUUUAAUCGAAACAAAUAUAGCGGAUAUUCAACAAAGAUUGGCAACAAAACGUCAGUUACGUGCAUUGAAACGAAAUUUGCAAAGUUUAAAGAAAGUUCAUGAAACGACCAGUAAGUUAGAAAAUUUGUUAACUAAUCAGUUAAGUAGUUCUACUCCGAAAUUGGUCGAUCUUGAAAGGGCUGCUUUAGAAUUGGUUCAGCUGAAAUUCAAUCAAAAAUUCUGCUCGGAAUAUUUAGACGAGCAACAAAAAACAAGUAUUGAAAAACUUGAAGCAUCGCUUCAUGAGAAAUUACGCUCUCUUUUCGGUGAGACUGUGCGUACGGCAAACAGCACUUGCUCAGAGCCAUUAGAACGUUGUUUACGCAUUUAUAUAACUUUAGAUGCAACCGUUUUAGCGGAAAAAGUUUUCAGAGAGGAUUUUGUGGCUCCUUACAUGUCGGACAUUGUCUCGGAGCACAUAUUACAAAAAACACCCCAAGGUUUGGCCGGUAUUUAUAGUAAAAUACUUAACUUCAUUUCAUUGCAUAUGACUGACUUACUCCGCUUAACUCAGUAUACCGACAAAGUGCGUGGCUUUAACUUUGUUGUAGAGAGCUUUUGGGCUGACGUUGAAAUGCGUUUGGAAACGCAUAUGUGUUCGAUUUUCGCUCCCGGAAAUUCGGAGGUGUUUUUUGCCAAAUACAAGUGCACUAGAGAUUUUCUAAAUAAAAUUGAAGAGCUAUUAGCCAACUCGGAAAAUAUCAUUGGUUUUCGCCAGCAUAAACAAACUAAAAGUUUUCAUUCACGUUGGAAUCUACCAGUUUAUUUUCAAAUAUGUUUUCAAGAGAUUGCCAGUGAUUUUGAAUCUACAUUGGAGCCAGUUUUGAGCGCGGAUAUCUUAAAUGCAAAAGUUGAUGAAAACCAUUUUCAAUUAAGGCCGUUCUCCAGUGCUAUCCGGGCUAUAACCCGAUGUUGGUCAAAUGGCGUUUAUUUGCCAGAAGUGUUUCCAAAAUUUUUUAAAUUACAUAUCCAGAUAUUGUUGCGUCUUUCGCAUUGGAUUGCUGAUGUUUUGCAAAUUACAAUCCAGCCAAAUUGGCCAUUAGUGGAAGUCAAAAAAAUCGCGUUCCUAGUGGCCUUAUAUGCGGACACACAAAGUUUAUUUUUGCAUAUAAAUGGGCAGCAAGUUCAAUUAGUUUUGAAGAAUUUACCAACGCAGCUACAAGACCAACAACAAGAAUUGAACUUAUUAAAAGAGACUGUGGAAAAGUCGUUCAACGAUAUCAAAGAAACAAUAACGAAACAUUUAUUUACCAUAGAACAUGUUUUAGUAGAUACUUUAAUAAAUGAGUGCGGCGCGGAGAAUGUGCGACAAGUUAACGAUUUGCCCCGUUUAUAUAGGAAAACUAAUCGCGAUAUACCAACGCGCUGUUCGAACUAUGUCGAUCAAAUACUAAAGCCAUUGAAAAUCUUCAACGAAGAUCAGCUAUCUAAUCUUGGCGAGAAGGUAGUGAAGAGUGUUCUACAACGUGUAUUAAAUAAGCUAACGAAGGACUACACGGACGUUGUUAAUGAUGUUUUAACUUCGGUGCAAAAAACCGAAGAAUCGUUAAGACGCUUAAAGAACUUGAAAAGUGGUGUUGGUGGUAGUGCAAUUGCUUCCGCCAUAUCAUUAAGCAACUCGAUCAUGUCCGAUGAUGACAAGAUACGUUUGCAAUUACGUGUUGAUGUUUUAGGAUGGACUGGGGAAAUAUCAAAACUGGGAUUUACGACAACUGACAUUGAAAAAUUGGUCGAACUAAAUGACAUGGUACAGGAAAGUAUUAAACUUAAGUAAUUUUUCUAUUAUAUCACUUUCGAUUGUUUCCUUCAUCUUAUAAGCAUUUAUUAAAU